AUCCGACCCAGGAGGGCUCGCGUAGUCCUCGUCGUCACUGGGCUUGGAGGAGUCGCCUAGAAGUCAGAGGCGCUGGGGACCUGAGUAUAUGUCCACGCCAUCGUCGUGACCGCCGGCAGGCCCCUUUUCUGUGCCUUCGUUGGCUUAGCUGCGAAGUGAGUCGUGGGCGAGCUGCUCUCAGCGUCCUGGAGAACGAGGUCGUUCGGGCAGCGCCCCUGGGAGACGAAGGCCAGAGAAACAGUCCUGGGUUCUGAACUUGCCAUCGAAGAAACCCAGGAGGAGGAGUUGACAGUCUCCCCAUCCCUCACCCCCCCGGGACGGGCCCCAGCAUGUCUCAGGCCACCAAGAGGAAGCAUGUGGUGAAGGAGGUGCUGGGGGAGCAUAUGGUGCCCUCUGACCAGCAGCAGAUCGUGAGGGUACUCAGGACCCCAGGGAACAAUCUGCAUGAGGUGGAGACAGCCCAGGGGCAGCGCUUCCUGGUGAGCAUGCCCUCCAAAUACCGGAAGAACAUCUGGAUCAAGAGAGGCGACUUUCUCAUUGUUGACCCGAUUGAAGAGGGAGAAAAAGUGAAGGCUGAGAUCUCCUUUGUGCUCUGCAAAGACCAUGUGCGCUCUCUGCAGAAGGAAGGGCUCUGGCCUGAGGCCUUCUCAGAAGUGGCUGAGAAGCACAACAACAGUAGGAACAGACAGACUCCGCCAGAACUCCCAGUGGAGCCACAGUCAUCAGGAGAAGAGUCCAGCUCUGAAGAUGAUUCUGACCUCUUUGUUAACACCAAUCGCAGACAGUAUCAUGAGAGCGAGGAGGAGAGCGAAGAGGAAGAGGCAGCCUGAGUCCCUCGACCCGCUUCUCUUGCCCAGAGACUAGGAUUGGCUCCUCUGAGCUCAGACAUUCCUGGGGUGCUCUGCAGAUCUUCCCCCUCUGGAUGGGGGACAAGGCAGGGCCCCUCUCUGAACUGACCUUCUGCU